AUUAAAAUAUAUAUUUCUUAAUUUAAAAAAUAUUUUCAAGUAACAUUUUAGUAAAAAUCAAAAUUAAGUAAGUUCUUGAUUAUUAAUAGUGACAUGAAGUCAUCCAGCCAAUCGCAAGCCAAGGUCAAGUUGAGUUUAUCUGUGAAUUCUUGUGUCUAUGAGCACGACCAAAUAUAUACUUGAAGGAAAUGAGAAAUAAUACUCAGGAUUUGCAAAUUUUACGAUUGAUAACAUACUUUAAAAUAAUUUAUUUCUAGAAAUUAAAAACAUUUAAUGAGAGAUAAUGUUGGAAAACAUUUUCAUCAUUUAAUUCUUCAUGAAUAUUUGCACUAACAAUAAGUGAAUAUAGGGCACUAUAUUUUUUUCGCAAAGUAAAACAUAAUUGCAGAAUAUGUUAUUAUUAUUUUUAUUUUUAUGGAGCUAGAUUUCCGUAGAAAUGCAAAAUUAUAGAACACUCUUUGUGAUACAGACUUGGAUUGAUGGCAUUCUUUAUGCAUUGCAUCUUCGAUUUAAUUGAUUUGUGUUUGAAAUUUCUUUUUAUUUGUUAUUUAUUAGAAAAUUGUAUAAUAAUCGAUAUUGGGAAAGAGAGGGGAGGAAAAGUAUAAACUUGUGUCCUUACAUUGAGCACUAUCCGUGUUAAAGACGGUCCUGAUUAUACUUGAUUACUAGAAACCAAUCGGAGACGAAUUGAUGCGAAUGUCUAUUGAUUUCGAUGUUACAUUAGAAUCCGGUUAUUGGAUUAAGAGUAAACGAAUUUACUCUAACAGUACCAAUAAUCUAGUGGAUGACGUGUGCAAGUGUGAAUAUAAUUAAAUAUUAAAGAAACAUUAAUCAAUCGGAAUAGUGAAAACUUUAUAUUAUGACGAAAUAUUGGAUUUUCAAAUCGAAGUAAACCGACGAAAAAAUCGAUUGUCACGCAACUCGCGGAAGUGUGUCGUUUCUCCCACCACCGUUCCUGCUAUUGGCUGCCCGAGCAAAAAGGGAGGGGUUGUUCAUCACCGCUCAAUAAAAUAAAUUCAUGAAGAAACUGAGAUUGCUGAAAAAUCUCACAAAUACCAAAACUGUGUUAAAUAUUGAACAAUUGAUCGCAAGUUGAAUCUGAUCUGGUUUACAUCUGAUGUAAAUGAAAAAUAUACACACGAUGGGACUGAAUAUAUGUGAUGUAUAUUAUAACGCCAAAAAUGUGCAAUAAAAUGAUAAAUAUUGACUUGUGACGUUAAAUUUAUAUUCGAAGAAGAAUACGAUUCAAUUUCAAAUAUGAUAAAUCAUGUAAGUGCUGGAAAUUAAGCAAACUCGUAUCACGUGAUAGAAAAAAAAGGAAUGUAAUUGCAAAUCAUUAUUUUGCUGAUAUCAAUAUUUUUGUGAUUUUUCUACAAGAUACAAAAACAAAUAUGAUGACAAAACUUGCGGAUAAUCGCCGCUAUAGUUGAUCCGCACUGGUUAAAAAUAAGAUUUUCGUUAUUGCGCAGCGAAUCGCGAAUCACGUUGCGCAGUACUGGGCAACACGGUUCGUGCAGGUUCGGCCAUCCUCGGAAUGAGUCUCGGGGCCUAAGUACAGUGUGCUGCACGCUCGAUGCGUAAACUUGUCAUUGACGUCGCGGCCAGUUCGCGCGGUUUCUUUAAUUCGCAUCCGCGUACCAGCGAAUGACGGUAGCGGUAUGUCUGUGAAGUCCGUAAUCGUUCGGUUUUUGUGCUAAACUGCUAGAUUAAAGGUGCGAUUGUUCGCUCUAUCGCAUCCGUCUCGUGUCGAAUGAACAUCUCGAUGGAGCGUUACAUUCCUCGCGACCAUCUCGUUCGUGCAUUCUCUUUUCCUCGCUUUUUUUUAUUCUCCUAAAUUUUAACACCAACGUGAAAUAAUCACUUUUAACCGAUCCACUUAUAAGGUGAUGAACCUUAAAUUUAACCUUGAUUUUUCCUAGAUAUAUUACACUUGUUAGAUCCGUGUAAAGUUACACGUACAGUAACGCCAAUGUCCUCAAAAAUGAUAACACGCCGGCAAAGCUAUGACAAAAAUACAUGAACCAGAUAUCUUUUCCGUCUCGAAACGUAAAGCGCAUCUUCACUCGCGGUCGUCGCACGACACUUACACGGCGGAGAGUGCAUCUUUCGUCCGCCAUCUUUUGUUUCGACGUACCCAUGGGUCAGGCCCCUAUAAUCGGGCCCCGAUCUCGUUACUCGGUCUUCGUGAACGAGUCCCGCGACGAUCUACUUGCGUGUCGAGUCAUAAGCACGAGAACUUCCUGUUUCAUCGAAACGGGGCGAACUUAUGCGUCAAUCACACGUCCAACGAAGUAGUGACCUCACGUGGCCAUCGAUCCAGAAUGAGAGGCGUGUUUGCGCGCGCGCGCACAUUGGGAAACGUUUAAUUGACUAGUUAAACGGGACUGUUGUGACGUCCAAUUUGAUAAUGGAGAAUACGCAAGCUGAGACAGCAUGUAAUUCAAAAGAUAGCCCUACGAUCUCCACUCUUAACAGAACUGACAUUAGUGAACUGUCGAAAGAAAAAGAGGAUGAAUUAUUGUUUGGCGGAGAGGAGGAAGGUGAUGAUGAAGAUGCGUUGUCUGAUGAUAGCUUGCGCUUAAGAUUAUCUGAUGAUGAGGAUGCUGAGCAAGAAGAUAUUACAACAAGCAUAAAUAUUUCAGAAUUUAAGUCGCAAGAUAAAACAGCUGAACAAUCAUCUGCAGAUGGAGAUAAGAAGAAAGAAGAAGAACAACGUCUAAAAGAAAAUCUGGAAGAAAUUACAAAGAUUGACGUCGAAGAAUCGGUGCAAAAGAAGUGUAAAGCAGCUAUUAAGGCCCCGGAAAAUUCAGCGUUACCCUCAGAUGAAUAUACACCAGAAACUAAACUAAUAGAAAAUAAUAUACAAAAUUCCGAAAUUAACAAUAUGACUGCUACCGAAUCUAGUGAGAAGUGUAGUUCUAAAUCUAGUAAAGAAUUAAACAUUACAGAAAUAGUCAGUGCAAAUGCUGAGAAAGAUAUAAGCUCACAAAAUGAUAACUUGUGUAUAAAUAUACUGGAAAAUGAUCUAUGCAAUACAGAACAAGCAAAUUGCAUUGAAAAUGAUAUAAAAGAAGUAAAUGAUGAUUGUAAAGAAGCAAAUUCCACAAAUAAUUGCAUAGAAAAUAAGUCGGACAAUGUAAACAGUAAUAAUCCCGUUCCGGAUUCUAUUAAAGAUAAGAUUUGUAAUAGCGAAAACUUAAUCAUUGUUACAACUGAUUCUAACGGUAAUGACGAUAAUUUAAUUGAGAAAGUAGUCAAUAAGACUACUGCAAAUGAUCACUCUGUAGAACACUCGAGCAUUACUAAAAUUAAUAAUAAACAAGACUCUGUGGAUUUAGUUAAACCGAAUAAUAUUAAUGAUUCAUCAAAUCUGCAAGACCCUAUUGAACAUGUGAAAAAUAAAAAUGGAAAUCAAGAAGAUAAACAUGUACCACAAAACAAAGAUACGUCAGAGGCAAAGUCCAUGCAAAAAGAAACGAGUACUUCAUUAAUGCAAAAUCAAAAUUCGUUCAAUGUAAAAGGCAUAAGAGAAUUAAUGAGCGAAGAUCGUGAUAAUAAUUCUGUAAUCGAAAUAAUAGAUGAUAACACACCCUCUAUAUUACAAGCCAUGUUAUUAAGUACUGAAAAAUCUGAUACUAAAAAUAAUCUUAAUAAUGAGAAUAAAAUUAAAAAUGAGAAUCAGACAAGUGCUGAUACGAUCGUCCCAAGAAGGAGACGAUCAAAAAGAAUUUGUGUGACACAACACUAUGCUGAAGAUAUAGAUGAAGAAGUUAAACAAGUUACAGACGGAAGAGAAAGCGGGCGGCAGAAACGAAGAACUGCUAGAAAUGCAGAAGAGAUAAUCAGAAAAAAUCUUAAUCUUAAUAGUGACAGCGAUUUUAGUGAUAGUACAGAAGAGCUUGUAACGGUGAAUCACAAAUUAAAUCAGGACGCACAUUCUUCCUCAUUAAAACGUAAUUGUCAGGACAAUGAGAUAUGUAACGGCAGUGUUAAAAAAAUGAAAAUGGAUAUCAAUUCCAAAGAAAAUAGAAACAAUGAUAUUCGGAAGCUAGCCUUCAUCGAAAAGUUUUUCCAAAGAAAUAUCAAGGAGAAACUACCGAAACUUACGCAGGAGGAACUUGAGGAACUCUUAAUUCAAAAGAUUGUUGAAACAAUCACAAUGCGUAGUGAAAUCGGACAACUUAGAGAACAAGCUCGUAUAUCCGAGAGAAAUCAAGAGAUAACGCGUGUAAAGCUACAGCAAUUGAUGAAACAAGUGAAGGAUUUCGAAAUGGUUUUGAAUCGUAAUGCGAUAGACCGCCGCACAAAUUCUGAUAAACUUGUUGCGCCUAUAAAAAUCAAUAGAUCCGUUGGUUUACAAGUAAACUUCAUAGCGGAACAUGGAAUACAGAAUUUACGGCAGGUACAACAAACGUCAUACGUUAAGUCUACAAACGUCCCUACCAGUGCUAGUACUUCACUUCCUGAAUCGAGUAGCAGCGCAACUAGCCCAAGACGCGGUGGGAUCAAGGUAAGAUCGCCCCGGCCUGUGGUGACCGUGUCUGCUCCCACCAUUUCGCAAAGUCCCAUGCAAACGGCGCCUAUUACCGUCACGCCGGCAGCUUUAGUAGUUGCCAAACCUUUGGACUCGCAACACACGUUGACAAUAACUAGUCAACCUACCGGUGUUCAGCCAAUUUUGCCUGCUCCAUCGCAGCCUACUCUUCAGCCUAUUGUUAUAAACGGCAAAAUUCCAAAUCAAGUUAAUCGCCAAGCUGCGACGCUGAUGACACCUAAGUCAAGAAAGAGCGACCUUAUUGAUCUCACAGAUGAAGAGGAAAAGAGUAAAUCAGCAAACGUUACUACAACUCCUGUACUGGAGCAGCAAGUAAAUGUAACGUCGAAGCCCGCGCAAACCUUCCAAAGGGUGAUACAAACGAUACCGACAAACGUGACGAUUGCGACACAACAAACUGGUAUAAAAGUGAUAUCUUCUAACCAACCAGCACCAACUGCCAUUGUAAAUAAUAUAAAUCCAUCCAGACUCACAUAUGUGAUGCAAGGUACUGUAGGUUCACCGAGACAAGUACUGAUAACGUCAAACACCAAUCCGCAGAUACGACCAGUGACUUCAGUGACUAAUAGGCCACCCUUUCCGACUGUUACGUAUAAGACAGGAAUCUCAACAAUCGCGAAUGGCACUGUGCGCGUACUGACCACGCCGGCGUCAAGCAUACAGAUAAACAAGCAUCCUGCACCACUGCCAGACACACCGAAUUAUGCAGUGACAUCUGGAUGGAAACUCCCACCACCCGCUCCGUCAUUAAAAAUUUCAAAAGUCUCGAAUGGUAUAGUGCUAUCCUGGAACAUGAAUCUGUCAGAUAAAUAUGCAGACAUUGCUAGUUACCAACUAUACGCGUAUCAAGAAAUGAUUGGUAUGAAUCCAAGUACGUCAUUGUGGAAGAAAGUGGGAGACGUCCGGGCGCUGCCGCUACCUAUGGCGUGUACCUUAACUCAGUUUUCUGAAGGUAACAAUUAUCAUUUUGCGGUCAGGGCAGUCGAUACGCAUUCUAGAAAAGGACAGUAUAGCAUACCUGGUAAUAUCUCCCUGUAAAAAAAAGGAAACAAAAAAAGUAUUACGUUUCAAAAUCUCGCAAGUUUCUCUAUGCCUUUUUUUUACUACGCUGCAUGCGUAAUUGUGAUAUAAAUAGUCUGUAGAUAAUCUCGAACAAUGCAGCCUGUUACACGGCGGGACAAUUAAUUUGACCAUUUGUUUAUUCUGCGUGUGGACUAUUGAAUCAUCAGUAAAAUAAGAGUCGUUAUUGAUAUUAUAGCCCAGAAAUGCUUCCGCUGUUUACGUGUAAUUUAUUGUAUAUAACUUCUAACUUUGUAAAGUACCUUGUUCUUUUAGAAAUUAAUUUUGAUAGGUGUCACUCGAUUUCACAUACUUUUCGAAAUAAGAUAUUUAUAUUUCAUCCACAUUUUAUGCUAUAUAUAUAUAUAUAUAUAAUUAUAAUUUCUUGAUUGUACGAUAAAUUUAUGAUAAAUUUACGGAAUUACCCUAAUGCCCCUACUUUACUUAUUGCUCAUUUAGUAAAAACACUCGAAGUACAGUGGACAUGGAAUUCUAGUCAAAAGAAGAUUCCGUCGAUCGUGAUAUACGUAAUAUAAAUCAAAGACUGGUUUUUGAGAAAAUGUGCCAUUAUUGCAGCACAAAUGAGAAGCAGCUAUAAAAGGCAUACUAUUUAAUUAUUUGAUUAUUACUAAACAUUACAAGCGAAAAUUAACGAUAGAGAAAAUAAUUGAUACAAAGUAUAAAAAGAUAUUUUGCCAAAUUUGUUUCUUUUGUAGAUAUAAUUUAGUUUGUGAAUCCAUUUCAUGUGUACAUACAUGCAAAUGGGCGUGCAACAAUGUCAGAUGAAAAUAUUAAAUGUAUAGGAAAAAAUUAACAGUUUAUAUUAUUAUACUAUAUUAUUGUUUAUUUAUACGUGUGUAUUGUUAUUUAUUAUUACAUGUUGUUACAUGAUCAUGGAGCAAUCUUGGAAGAAUAUUUAUAUACUAAAAAAAUAAUUUAAUGAAAAGUGAACAACAUUUAUAUAUGCUUAUGUUUUUUUCGGUACAAUUUAUUUUUUUGAUAAAAUACUACACAAAGCAAUACCAUCUUGAGGUUAUUUUACUCUGCGUCGUUUUCGCUUAGUGUUUAAAUACUCUUUUUCUGGAUUUUACCCACUAACAGUAUAAGAUCGACUUUCUAUAUUACAUGUUUUUUUAAAACAAAUGGGCACUAAUUACAUUUAACUAUUAUUUAUAAUUUGAGCUCUUGCUCCACUGUGGCGUUUUUCAUUAACAUAAUUGCUGGAAUUUUUCAGCACCAUGUUCUAAACGACUGUUAUUCUUAAUAAUAUAAUUUGCUCAAUUUUUAUAACUGAAUACGAAUAUACAUAUAUAUUUAUAAUACUUGUAUACAUAUAUACACUAUAGAGAAAGUAUAUUCUGACGAGUAUACGUUAUUGAAGUUACAUGUAAAUAUUGGUGUACAUAUGUAUCGCAGAACAUGAUUAAGUAUAUAUAAGCUUGUAAGCAUUUCUGCGAUUACACUAAAUCAUCGAUUGAAUUUAAAUUAAUGAAUUCUAAUUACUUGUCCUGCGAUAAAAUAAAAGUAUUGAAAUUUGCUAUUGAUCGAUCUUCUUUUGUACUCAUGUAACAAUAAACAAUAAACUUUUCAAUCAAUUUCUUC